GCGUUUGACGUAGGCGUUCUCUUCCCUGCCUAAUGCCCAAGUGAGGUAGGCAGUGUAAAAGUUGUGUCUGGUUCUCCUCAAAGCGAUCCAAAACCAUCCGUCAUCAUGGUGAACUUCACCGUCGACCAGAUCCGUGGGAUCAUGGACAAGAAGUCCAACAUUCGUAACAUGUCUGUGAUUGCUCACGUGGACCAUGGGAAGUCCACUUUGACGGACUCGCUGGUGUCUAAGGCUGGUAUUAUUGCCUCGGCCCGUGCUGGAGAAACCCGCUUCACCGACACAAGAAAGGAUGAGCAGGAGCGCUGCAUUACCAUCAAAUCGACCGCCAUCUCUCUGUACUACGAGCUCGCAGACAACGACUUGGCUCACAUCAAGCAGUGCAAAGAUGGCAAUGGGUUUUUGAUCAACUUGAUUGAUUCCCCUGGGCACGUUGACUUCUCAUCUGAGGUGACUGCUGCUCUCCGUGUGACUGACGGCGCCUUGGUCGUGGUUGACUGCGUCUCUGGUGUGUGUGUCCAGACUGAGACUGUGCUCAGGCAGGCCAUCGCUGAGAGGAUCAAGCCUGUACUGAUGAUGAACAAAAUGGACCGUGCCUUGCUCGAGCUGCAGCUGGAUGCUGAGGACCUGUUCCAAACAUUCCAGCGUAUUGUUGAGAGCGUCAACGUAAUCAUCUGCACCUAUGGCACAGAGGAUGGACCAAUGGGAUGCAUCCAGGUUGAACCAGUUAAUGGUACUGUUGGUUUUGGAUCCGGACUCCACGGAUGGGCUUUCACCCUAAAACAGUUCGCCGAGAUGUACGUGUCCAAGUUUGCAGCCAAGGGUGAUGCUCAAAUGGGAACAGCAGAACGCUGCAAGAAAGUUGAGGACAUGAUGAAGAAGCUGUGGGGAGACAGGUUCUUUGACCCAACUACUGGAAAGUUCAGCAAGACUAGUAAUUCCCCUGAUGGCAGGAAGCUUCCCCGUACCUUUGUGCAGCUUGUCCUUGACCCAAUCUACAAGGUGUUUGACGCAAUCAUGGGCUUCAAAAAGGAGGAAACUGCCAAAUUGAUUGAAAAGCUGGACAUCAAGCUGGACACUGAGGACAAGGAUAAAGAGGGCAAGCCCCUGCUGAAGGCUGUGAUGCGUCGCUGGCUUCCAGCUGGUGAGGCUCUGCUUCAGAUGAUCACCAUCCACCUGCCUUCUCCUGUCACUGCCCAGAAGUACCGUUGUGAGAUGCUCUACGAAGGACCUAAUGAUGAUGAAGCUGCCAUGGGAAUCAAGAACUGCGACCCUAAAGGUCCCCUCGUGAUGUACAUUUCCAAGAUGGUGCCCACCACUGACAAGGGUCGUUUCUAUGCCUUCGGCCGUGUCUUCUCUGGCGUUGUGUCAACUGGUCAGAAGGUGCGCAUUAUGGGACCAAACUUCACCCCUGGAAAGAAGGAGGACCUUUACCUGAAGCCAAUUCAGAGGACCAUUCUGAUGAUGGGUCGUUAUACUGAGACCAUUGAGGAUGUGCCCUGCGGGAACAUUUGCGGGCUGGUAGGUGUGGACCAGUUUUUGGUGAAGACCGGGACCAUUACCACUUUUGAGCACGCCCACAACUUGAAAGUGAUGAAGUUCAGCGUCAGCCCUGUCGUGAGGGUGGCUGUUGAGGCCAAGAACCCUGCUGAUCUGCCCAAGCUGGUGGAGGGCCUGAAGCGUCUGGCCAAGUCUGAUCCUAUGGUGCAGUGCAUCAUUGAGGAGUCUGGUGAGCAUAUCAUUGCUGGAGCUGGUGAGCUGCAUCUGGAGAUCUGCCUGAAGGAUCUGGAGGAGGAUCACGCCUGCAUUCCACUCAAGAAAUCCGACCCAGUUGUGUCCUACAGAGAGACCGUAAGUGAGGAGUCUGACCAGGUUUGCCUGUCCAAGUCACCCAACAAGCACAACCGUCUGUACAUGAAGGCCCGUCCCUUCCCUGAUGGCUUGGCUGAAGAUAUCGACAAGGGUGAGGUUGGUCCUAGACAGGAGCUGAAGACCCGUGCCCGCUACCUGGCCGAAACCUACGAGUGGGACGUUGGUGAGUCCCGUAAGAUCUGGUGUUUUGGACCCGACGGAACUGGACCCAAUCUUCUGAUGGAUGUGACCAAGGGAGUGCAGUACCUCAAUGAGAUCAAGGACAGCGUGGUGGCUGGAUUCCAGUGGGCAUCCAAGGAGGGUGUGUUGUGUGAGGAGAACAUGCGUGCUAUCCGCUUCGAUGUCCAUGACGUGACCCUGCAUGCUGACGCCAUCCAUCGUGGUGGUGGCCAGAUCAUUCCCACUGCCCGCAGAGUGCUGUACGCUUCCCAGCUCACCGCUCAGCCCAGGCUUAUGGAGCCCAUUUACUUGGUGGAGAUCCAGUGUCCUGAGCAGGUGGUUGGUGGCAUCUAUGGUGUGCUGAACAGGAAACGUGGGCAUGUAUUCGAGGAGGCCAUGGUCCCAGGAACACCCAUGUUUGUGGUGAAGGCUUACCUGCCUGUAAACGAGUCUUUCGGUUUCACGGCUGACCUGCGCUCCAACACUGGUGGCCAGGCCUUCCCACAGUGCGUGUUCGACCACUGGCAGCAACUCCCCGGAGAUCCCUUCGAAGCCUCCUCCAAGCCUUCUCAGGUUGUUGCCGAUAUUCGUAAACGCAAGGGUCUUAAGGAGGGUAUCCCUGCAUUGGACAACUAUCUGGACAAAUUGUAAAAGACCUGUCCCUUCGUUUCCCCCACACACCCCUCCCUUUCCGGACUGUACAGAUUACCAUGCAAUCACUAAGGUUUUGCCAAAACUAUGGUCAAAUGAUUUAAGUAUCUCCACAUGACAACAAUGUAAGACCUUAAUAAAGGAAAAUAAAAAAUUGA